UCUUCAUAUUCCGCGUCUUCUUAAUUUUCUCCUCCAAAGUUCGAAGGUGAAAGUUAAUAGCAACCACCACCAAUGGCAACUGAAAUAAACCCAAACGAGAAGCCAUCAUCUGCAGCUCCUAAUCCAGCCAUGGCUUCGUGCAGGAGGAAGAAGAACGAAAGUGCUACUUUCUUGGAAGAUGUGAAAGACCAUAUUGACGAGUUCAUUAGUGCUUCUAUGGACGAACACAAAACUUGCUUCCAGAAGACAAUUAAGAAGAUGUUCAGCAUGUCAAAGGUUGUUGCAGAAAGGAGUUCCGAGACGAAGGAAGUGGAAAGUUCUUUGCCUCUUCAAACAACAGUUGCCGAGUAAGGUGCACUGAAUCUUUCUUGCUUUGACUUUGCAUCAAGUCAAUUCGUUUUGAGCGGGCACCAGAUUUUGGGUAUUUGAAUGUGUAAUCUUUUAUAGAAUCGGUUAUGGUAAUUAUCCGACUUUUUCAGUAUAAUAAUGUCUUUGCACAAUCUAGAAAGUAGAUAGUGAUUAUGAAUAAAUUAAAUUGAGUAAUAUUUUUUUCAAUUA